AUGACUGAUGAUUGGUACAUUGCACUAAGGAGGUGUUUUUAUCACCUCCUCACGAGUUGGUGUCAAUGUAUUGCCCGUGGGCUCUUAGGACAUCAAAAUUUUUGUACAACUUUGAUUUUGACUUUUUUGGGCUAUGCUUUUUUAGAGGUUUAUUUAAUAAUUACUGUAAUUUUAAAUUUAAAAAUAGAGAUAUAUAAAAUGAUGUCCAAUCGUCAAUCAUAUUUAUUUAUUUUAACAUUUGUAUUUCUAAUUGUUGCCAGUUGUCUGGCAUUCAAUCCAGAUUCCAUCGAUGGUCAAACAACACAUCACACCCACGACGACGAUGAUUUGGUUGGACACAAUUGUAUCCACGACAAGAUCAAUCACAACGUAAAGUUGUCAUCGGGCAACAGAAAUUUAAAGGCCGAUCCAACUGCCUCCACUCACCCAAUCAGAUUGGUAUUCAACACCACCUAUUUGAAUCCGGGAACUGAAUCACAGACUUGCUAUCAAGUUGGCCAAGUAGUUAUUUUGGAUCCUGAUACUAACAGUCCAACUUCGUACACCUGUAAACAGAGUGACAUUUUGACACCAGAGUUGGUCAAUUUGUUCACACAAGAGGUUCUGCCAUUCAUUGCAUCUUCUUUCUCCAAGUAUCUCACCGUUAGUGGUACUGCCAGAAAUUCAUACAGCAGACAGUUCAGAUGUAUCGAAGAAUACGUCAUGGAUAUUACCAAUGGAUUCGAGGGUGAUUUUAUCAAUUAUGUAUCUGUUCAUCCAAUUGCAUCCUCUGGAACUAUUGCCUACGCCACAUCAUGUCUCAUUCAUAGUGACACUGGUGCACCAUUUGCCGGUAUUAUUAACUUUUCACCAUUCUACUUCUCACCGUUUGCCAAUGCCACCUAUCGUCAACAGAAUCAAGUGAUGUGGAAUCAAUUCCUCCGUGUUGGUCUCCACGAAGCCACCCAUUCACUCGGAUUCAGUAGUUCAAUGUAUGAUAGUUUCUAUGACCGUACCACUGGUAACAGAUACAAAAACAACAUUAUGAUCAAUACUACCACCACAUUGACCACACCAGCAGGUGUCAGUUUCCCAUACCAGAGAUUUUUCAUCACAUCUCCUUCCGUGCUUCAUGUUGCCAGAAAUCACUUUGGUUGCCAAUCACUCGUAGGUGCCGAGUUGGAAAACAUUGGUGGUCCUGGAACUGCUGGAUCUCACUGGAAAUCAACAAGAUUUGGUGAAGGUGAAACGUUGAUUGUGAUCUAUUCCCAAUUACAAUGUAUUAAUAUGACUUUAUCUUGUUUGAAUUUAGAUUCUGGAUGGUAUGGACUUCUCAAUCUUGGUGAAUCUAGAUCAUCCAGUUGGGGUAAAGGAAUGGGAUGUGAUUUCGCUGAUAAACUUUGUACUCCUGCAAUUUGGAGUCGUGAAGGAUACUGGCCAGCAACCAACAAUCAAGUCGGAUGCUCUGCUUCGAGAUCAGGUAUCGGUAUGGCUUUCUGGGCAGACUAUAACUCAAAUUUGCCAUACCCCAGUCAACAUUUCACUAAUCCAAAAACCGGUGGUGCUUCGCAGGUCUUUGACUGCUGUGUCUGGAAUAUGCCUUCCCAAUAUUGUUUCGAUACUUCACGUAAGACCGCCUACGAAGGUGAAGUCAAUGGAGCAGACUCUUUCUGUUUCAAACAACAAUUGACACCAACCACAUUCGGAUAUGGUUGUCGUCCACAACGUUGUCAAGGACUUCAGUUGCAGGUUCAAUUCAACGGAAAAUGGAGCACCUGUCCAGCCGGAGAAACAUUGAUUCUCUCUGCAAACACCACUCUCGUCUGUCCAAACGACAAUACCUGUUCACCAACCGCAUUCCCAUCGGAGCCAUCUUCUUUCCCAAAUGCUGGUGCUGCCACAUCGGGUAGUCCACUUCCAUUCGAGCCAAUUAUCACAGCUGGUCAGAACACAUCGGAUGCAUCAACCUUCCAAAUUAACUUUAUCUAUUUCGUAAUCCUAUUCAUUAGUUAUUUAUUUAUUUAA